AUGGAGAAAUUUUCAGGUUAUUCGGAUGACAGUACUUCUGAAACCUCAAACUCAAUGCCUUUUGCUUCUGCUUCAGGUUCUCCUGUCGAAAACCAUUCGCUUUCUGUUGGCUACCGCUCCUUGACAGAAGGAAGAACCGACACAAGAAACCAUCAGGGUUUGUCUCCAAGAAACUAUCUUUUGGCUGCUAAAGGUGGUUCUUCACCAAGAAUUCAAGAAACCAGGAUUCAUGGGCUUCCACAGUAUCAGGCUGGGUUUGCGAAAUCCAUGAUGGUUCCACAACCGCUGUUUUCAGAAACUAUAUGGGGAUCAAACCGUUUGGGCAAUGGAGAGAGUUUUCAGGGUUCAAGUUUGCAACCUGGGGCUUGGAGUUUUGUUUCGAAUUUCAAUUCUCUUAGUGGUUCUAUCCUCGAUGACAGAACCGGUAGUGCAGGUUCCAACUUAGGAGGCAUUGAUUAUAGUGUGGUGCAGAAUCAAGGAGAGGUUCGCAAUGCAAGGACUUUUCUUGGUUUGCUUCAAGGGGAUGGUUUUGUCAAAUAUUGUUCAGACAAAGAUGGUUCAAGAACACUUAAUGGUUUGUUGAGGUUGAGGAACCCAGAGAUUACACGUGAGAUAUAUAAGAAAGUUUUUGCCUUGUCAUCAAGCCGAUUCCCCAUUGUUUUCGAUUUGAUGCUUGAUCAAUAUGGAUGGCAUGUCUUUGCAGAGCUAAUUGAUUCAUUGAACUAUCAACAGUUGAGGCUGAUUACGUAUGAGAUAACCAAGGACUUGCACCUUUUUACUGCAUUAGCAAUCCAUACACAUGGUUCAAACUCGAUCAAGAAGAUCAUCAGAGUACUCAGUAGAUCAAGUUUGAUUUCUUUCGUGACCAAUAAUCUGUGUGCUGCAUUUUAUCUAAUCAUGACGAAUCGGAUAGGUUUGUAUGUUGUAUCGGAGUGCUUAAACCACCUGAGGGCCGAAGAUAAUAAGUUAUUAUAUGAAGCAGCCAUUUCAUGUUGUCUAGAUUUAGCAAUAGACCAUGACGGAUCCAUAGCCUUAAUCAGGGUCAUCAACACCAUCCAAGGUCUGCAAAGAUAUCGGCUUCUGGAUAUACUAUCUACAAAUGCAGUGUUCCUGUCUCAGGAUCCAGAAGGGAACUAUGUGAUUCAGAAGGUCUUGUCCCUCGAUAAUCCUAUAUUCACCCAUUUAGUAUGCUAUCAGCUUAGAGGCUAUUAUGCAGCCAUCUCAUUGCAGAAAGGAGGCAGCCAUAUCGUCGAAAAAUGCUUGGGUACAGAAUGGAAGAGUUGGGUGAUUGAGGACUUCCUAAGCAACUCCAACACACUAUUGCAUGUUGCUAGAGAUGAAUUUGGCAACUAUGUGAUCCAAAAAGCAUUGAAAGUCACCAAGAAAUCAGAUAGUCCCCUCUACCAGAAACUUUUGUUGCGCCUGCGACCACAUCUUAGCAUUCUGCGGUCGGGAUAUGGAAGGAAUGUCUUCAAUCUGAUCACCGGUGGACAGUCAGUUAAGAAACUGUAG